UUUGAACUUUUAUUGCAGAAGAGUAUUUAAAUGGUAUUAUUGGUGCAGCUAAAUGUUUCUACAUGAUGAACGCAGGGUUUCAUCUUUCUAUAAACUAUGAUAUUUCUCAUAUUCUUCUACUUGUGUUUAACGAGCCGCUGUCAGUCAAAACAAACACAACCGGAAGUAGUAGUACUGGGCUGACGGACCCGCCCAUUCAUGCGCAGCUACGCUUGUUUAGUGGGCUGAGUACCGGACGCUGGUUUUGGGAUUCUUGACGUGCUUUACGCACAGAGAUGACGUCUCGCUCGGUCGCUCGCGGCUCUCCGUACGUCCGAAGCGGCUGCGCGUCGUCGCUGUCAGAGGACGUUUAAAUGGCCACACGGUGCGGAGCCGGACUCACGGCGCGGUCAUAACGCUGCUGUUACAGGAACAUUCGGACAAACAGCUUCGUGAACUGCGUCCGUUCUUCUUCUCGGCCAUCUUCUCUUCCUCGGAGCCCGCAGGGUUCGUUCAUAGAGCCGCAAAAUGAGCGACGAAGACGACUUUUUGCAGAAAGCUCGGACCGGGUUUGAAGAUCUGUGUCGGGGUUUGAACAUGGACGAAGAGGCGAGCAGCGAAGCUUGGAAAACCUACGAGAACAUCAGCAGGAACUUCACAUUAGAGGGCAGUGAGCUGCACUGGCUGGCCUGUGCUCUGUACGUGGCCUGCAGGUCCUCGGUGCCGACUGUGGGAAAAGGCACCGUCGAGGGGAACUACGUCUCUCUGACCAGAAUCCUGCGCUGCUCUGAGAUGAGCCUCAUAGAGUUCUUUAAUAAGAUGAAGAAGUGGCAGGACAUGGCCAACCUGACGCAGGACUUCCGUCAAAGCACCGAGAAGCUGGAGAGAAACUUCACUGUGUCUGCGGUCAUCUUCAAGAAGUAUGUUCCCAUCUUCAGAGCCAUCUUCAAGGCCCCCUCAGACGAGCCGCCGCGAGUUCACCGCAGCCGCAAACAGAGACGACAUCCCUGCACUGUGACCGAGGUCUUCAACUUCUGCUGGGUUCUGUUUGUCCAUGCUAAAGGGAACUUCCCGAUGAUCAGCGACGACCUGGUGAACUCGUAUCAUCUGCUGCUGUGUGCACUCGACCUCGUCUUCACCAACGCUCUGAUGUGCAACGCCAGGAAAGACCUGCUCAACCCAGACUUCAGAGGUCUCCCAGAGGACUUCAGCAGUAAGGACUACAGGCCAUCCUCAGGUCCGUACUGCUUCAUAGAGCAGCUGUGUGAGCUGCAUGAUGGGCUGGUGCUGGAGGCCAAAGGAGUGAAAGAACACUUCUGGAAACCUUUCAUCAAGAAACUCUUCCACAAGAGGAUCCUCAGAGGGAAAGAAGACGGUCUGACUGGAUUUCUGGAUCCGAUGAACUUUGGAGACAGUUUUCUGUCCCUCAGCCGGGUCUAUGAGGAACAUGUUCUGGCCACCGGCAGUCUGGAUGAGAGGAUCUUCACGGGUGAGGGGGCGAGCGAGGACAUUGGUACGCCGGGCCCCUGCCUGUGUGAAGGGCUUGAGAACCAGGACAGCGCCACCGACAGGCUCCACGCCAGCCUCACCGCCUCAGCUCUGAAGGUCUCCACUCCUCUGACAGGCAGGAAGUACAUUCAGGAGAAUCGUUUGGCGUCGCCGGUGUCGUCCGCCAUGAAGAGCGUCGGGCGACUCCACACCCUGCUGUCAGGGACCAAACAGGGGCCGAGCGCCAAGCUGAUGGAUACUCUCAGGGCCUGUGCCAGAGACCCCAGUGAUGUCAUCAGCAGGCGCCUGAAGGACAUGUUUGAGGUCUUCUCUCAGCAUUCUGAGGACAGCGGUGCAGAGAACAGGGGGAUGGGGAAAGAAAUGGCGGUGAAGUACUUCCACCUGGGGGAGGGGCUCUACUACAGGAUCCUGGAGUCCAUCAUUGAGAGAGAGAAGAUGAUACUGGGAGACGCCGACCUGUCGUGUAUCCUAGAGCAGGACGUCUUCCAUCGCUCGCUGCUCGUCUGCUGCCUGGAGAUCGUCAUCUUCUCCUACAGACCUCCAGGUGAUUUCCCCAACCUGAUCGACAUCUUCCAGCUUCCAGCUUAUCACUUCUAUAAGGUGAUUGAGGUGUUGGUGCGGUCGGAGCAGGGUCUGUUCCGGGAGGUGGUGAAGCACCUGAACCAGGUGGAGGAGCAGGUCCUGGAGAGCCUGGCCUGGACCAGCACCUCCCCUCUGUGGGAGAGCCUCCGUGGGGCCAAAGACCAGGUCCCCGCCUGCCAGCAGGUGAUGCCUCCUCAGUACCUGGAACAGGGCGAUGACAGCAGUUCCGGCAGCGUUCCUCUGACUCCCAUCAGCCACAGACCGGAUCUCAGCACCAGCAGCACUCUCAAAGGCGUCUCCCCCUCCCCCACCACCCUGCUGGACCGCUACAGCUCCCCGCCCACCGGCCCACAUUGUCGCCGUCUGUUCGUUGACCCGCCGGACGGCGAGCCAGGAGUCAACUCCUCUAGCAAUACCAGUACAGCACCGGCCACUGUGGCCAAGACCGGCCCGGCCAGCGUAGUCACAGCCAUCCCAGCUGGGCCGUUCACCUUAAACUUCAACAACGGGCAGGUCACCAUUCCUCUUCAAGGUAUGGCCAAUGAGAGUGGAGGCUUCACCUUCUUCCCGGUCCAGAUGAGUGUGACAGGACAGGGCGGAGCUACGCUGCAGCCGCUGUCAGCACAGACCCUGACGGGCACGAUCACCGUCCAAUCAGCCAUCACCAAACCAGCUGUCAAAGUGAGCAGCAGUCCGCUGAGGAAAGGUUCUCUGUCGCUGUUCUUCAGGAAGGUGUAUCACCUGGCCAGCGUGCGGCUCAGAGAUCUUUGUGUCAAACUGGACAUCUCGUCAGAGCUGAGGAGGAAGAUCUGGACGUGUUUCGAAUAUUCUCUGGUUCACUGCACCGACCUGAUGAUGGACCGGCACCUGGACCAGCUGCUCAUGUGUGCUGUGUAUGUCAUGGCAAAGGUGACCAAAGAAGACAGAUCCUUCCAGAACAUCAUGAAGUGUUACCGCACGCAGCCUCAGGCCUCCAGCAACGUGUACAGGAGUGUGUUGAUCUCAGGAAGGAGGAGACGGCAUUUGGGCUGCACCGACACCAACAAACAGAACUCGUCUGACACCAGCCAGGACCCAGGUGGAGAUAUCAGUCCAGUUCCUAUUCGCUCCAGCAGCACUCUGCCCACCCCCCAGCCUGGCAGUGCUCCCUCCACCCCCACCAACACCUUCAGCAAGACCACCUCCUCCUCCUCCUCCUCCUCCUCCUCCUCCUCCUCCUCCACUGCGGGUGAGGAGGAGCGAGGAGACCUGAUCCACUUCUACAACAAUGUUUAUAUCAAACAGAUGAGACUCUUUGCUCUGAGAUACUCAGCUGGCUCGCCAUCUGCAGCGGUGGAGACCCCCCCGCUGUGUCCGUAUCCCACCCUGCGGACCGGCUCUCCCCGUCGGAUGCUUCUGUCCAGUAAACACUCCAUCUACAUCUCACCUCACAAGACAGGCUCCGCCCCCACGCCGACCACCCCUAGAGACAGGAUCUAUUACUACAUCUGCAGCAGCCCCCCUAACCGCCUGCAGGAGAUCAACAGCAUGAUCCGGACCGGAGAGACUCCGACCCGGAAGCGCAGCAUGCCUCUAGAGGAGGAGACGUCGCCCAAGAGGGUUUGUCCUGACAACCACUCCGCCCUGCUCCGCCGCCUGCAGGACGUCGCCAACGACCGCAGCUCCUCCCACUGAGGCCACACACACACACACACAGACCACCUGUUAGACCACCACCUGUCAGGCCCCGCCUCCCAUCAGGCUCUGCUUCCCACAGGCUCCGCCUCCCACCAGGCUCCGCCUCCCGCAAGGCUCCACCUGCACAGUCAGACACACCUGGGGACAAUAACUAUAAAACUGCACAUGCAGUCCAAGAAGAGUGAUCAUGUCUGCAAUGAAUCUUCAUGUUUCAGUUCUCUUCAGUAUCAAAGUAAUCUAUGAUGUCCGUACCCUGCAGACCCGUUCUGACUACAUGGAGGAUUCACCUGUGACCUGAUACACAGCUCAUCUCUAGGGUUUGAUCGUCUCUGCUGUGAAACCUCAAGUGAAAGCUGAUUUUUAAAUUGAGUCCAGACUCGACUUUUUCCUGAAUUACACUGGACUGAAGGGAAAAUUCUGUUCAGACCUGAAAACAGUCAGUUCACUCAGUCUGGUAAAAUGCCAUGUGAACAAGAAUUUAGCAUUUCAAUAUCACAUAAAAAUCAACCUUUCCAAAAGGCUUUUCAGCAGAAUCAGAACCACAAACAUCUGGAUGAAAUACUGAGGCUGCAUCCAGGUGUCCUCUGGACGUGUGGACCCCGUCCUCCCAGACUCUCUGGAGGUCUGCAGAAGGUUCUCCUGAGUCUGUAAGAGCGCUGAAGUCCAGACGUCUGGAUGCAGCCCAACAUUCAGGGAGUCUCUAAAGAUGCAGCUCACAGCCUUUGUACUUACUGUUUACAUCCCACAAAGCAUUAUGGGAACUUCAUCAACCUCCAGGUGGAAGUAAAACAAAGAACAAGAAUCAGUUAUUCAUGUUGGAUUAUUAAAACCUGAUGGAGACUCGGUCUGCUUUAAAUGCGGUGGAGGCAGCUGGUGGUCGAACUGAUAAUCAAUAAGAAGAUGUUGAUCAGGUGGUGAUCACAGAUAAAACACAUUGAUCGUGGACUCUCUGAAUGUAACCUAACACAUCACUGAUGGUUGGAGGCGCAGCUCAUCUGAAUCAGAACGACUCUUCUCAUUUGAUUUCUGCGUCAUUCUCGUCAACAUAUUUCCUGGACGAGUCAUCACUGCAGAAUCUCACAACACCUCCUCCAUCUUUUACUCACAAUCACUAACAACGGACGUCUGUCGAUUAAAGGGCUCAUGAACGAUGUUGAAAUGUGUUUUUUUAUAAACACCAGCAAACGUUUAGUCAUGAUGUUAACGUGGCGUGUUGUAAAGAAGAGCUCAUGAUGAGGCGCAUGUAAAUAUUUGUAAAAAAAGACGAGUUAUUUUAUGCAGCUGAUGAAGUGCCUUCAUUUUUUACUCCUGAAAUCUUUUGCUUGUUUCCCUCAGACGAACUUGACUUUUGUUAGAUUUUCUUGAUUGUAAAGGAAUAAAUGAAAUGUUUAAAAUGAA